CAUGGAAUUUCACCCUUCUCCGUCUUCACCCCAAUUCCCUCUUCUCCAAACCCUAAUUUCUUCCUUCCCCAAAUGGUAGGUCUCUCCUCAGAACCCAACCUCGAUCAAGCUUCAAAGCUCAAGCUUUCAAGGGACCCACCAGACGCCGUCGAUCCCAGACCCGUCGCCGACCUGUCGUUUGUUGAUUCGUUGCUGGAUUUCGAGUCCAUUGAUAGUUGGUUUAGGGAUUUACCGAACCCGGGUAUGGAUUGUGAGGCGGGUAGUGUGGUGGAGGUGAAGAAUGACGUUAUUGAGGUUGGUGGUGGAGGCCCAGUUGUGAAUGGAUCGGACCCAUUUGGUUGUGGGCUUGGUUCGGCGGUGGCGGUGAAGCCUGAAGUUGCAGAGGUUGCAGAGAAGUUGAGUUGUUGUAUUGAGGAGGAGUUGGGGAAGGUUAGUUUAGUUGGAGGGGGUGAAGACAGUUUAGUUCUUGGAGCAGUGAGUGAGAAGUUGGAGCCGAAAAUCGAAGGUGUGGAGAGUAAAAUGAAGAGUGAAAGUUCGGAAUCGGAGAGUGAGAGUGAGAGUGAGAGUUCAUCAGCAGCAUCGUCUUCGAGUAGUAGUAGCUCUAGUGAGGAGGAGGAGAUGGAUGUGGAGAAGGAUGGAACAGGGAAUGUGAAGGUGGAGGCGGAGACGAAGGAGAAGGAGUGCGAAGAGGAGGCUUGUGAACUUGAAGAAGGGGAGAUAAGUGGUGGAGAGGAGAAGGGUUAUGGAAGUGGGGAUGAUGGUGAUGAGGAGGGCGCUGAGGUUGCUUGGAGUGAUGAUGAUAUUUUCGAUGAGGGGGAUGAGGAAGAGGACGCUAUAAAAGGACCCAUUAGGUCCAAAAAUGAGCUCGAGGAACUUCCACCAGUUCCACCAGUUAAUGCAACCUUGGAACCACAUCAUCAAAUGCUGCCUGUGGGAGUUGUUUUAUCGGUUGUUGGUACCAAAGUCAUUGUAGAAGGAGUUGAGAAGCACAACCCUCUGAACGAGGGUUCUAUUCUGUGGAUAACUGAGAGCAGAUCUCCGUUGGGACUGGUAGAUGAAAUUUUUGGACCUGUUAUAAACCCUUACUAUAUGGUGAGAUACAAUACAGAAAGUGAAAUCCCUGCCGGUAUACAAGUUGGAACACCGAUCUCUUUUGUUCAGGAGUUUGCAGAUCAUGUGCUCAAUAACAAAGAUCUUUACAGAAAGGGUUAUGAUGCAUCGGGUGCAAAUGAUGAAGAGAUAUCAGAUGAAGCAGAAUUUUCAGAUGAUGAGAAAGAGGCUGAAUACAGGAGACAGCAAAAAAUGGCAAAGAGGGGAAUGAAUGACCAGAAUGCCGGCAGUAAGAAAAACAACAGAAAAAAAGGUAAAAAUAGGAUGGGGUCCUGGAAGAAUGAUCAAUCUUCACCCCAGCAAACACCUCCCGAUCAACACCACGAGCAAUCUUCAGCUGCACCUGCUCGUCGUUAUGGUCCAUCUUCUUCUGCAGUCUCAGAAAGUUUGGUUAGUGGGCGUGGAUCAGGUCCAUUUCCAGGUGCUACACAGGCUGGUGGUAUGCAUGCAAAUGGAGUUUGGACAAAUGGAAUGCCGUGUCAGCUACAACAAACACCUUUCCCCAAUGCAUUUCCAAAUAAUAAUAUGCCAUUUUUUCCACAGUACCCACAUCAGAUGUCUAUGCCAGGCGGAAUUCCAUUCCAUCAGCAGCCAAAUGCGUUUUCAGGACCCAUGGGUUCACAAGGGAUGAUGGGUCAACAUGGCUUCCACCAACCAGGUUUUGGAAUAGGUUUCCAGGGACAACAUACACCAGGGCAACAGUUGAAUUCCUUCCCAGGACCGAUGCAUGCAUUUGGGAUGGCUCAACAGGGUCAACUUGGCUUCAACCAAAUUGCAUUUGGGAUGGGUCAAAAUGGCUUCAACCCGAAUGUUUUUGGGGUGGGGCCACCGGGUCAACAUGGCUUCAACCCAAAUGGAUGUGCAAUGGUUCAACAGGGACAGCAUGGCUUCAACCAAAAUACGUUCCCGAGUAUCUCACAGGGUCAACCUACAAACCCAAAUUUAGAACAGAAUAUGCCACAACCUGGGAACCCAGUUGCAGGUGAUGUUGACGCUCCCCAACAAUUUAGUCGAAGUACAUCUGCUAAUCGUGGAAGAAGGCCGUAUCGUCGAGGGGGUCGUCAGUUUGCAAGGGGAAGAGGAAGGGGUGCCAGCUGAAAGUUAUAGCAUGCUCUGCUGCAAGAAGCAACCAAGGACUACAGUAGACUAUCAGAAGAGCCAUCAACUGCUUUGUUCUUUUUCUUUUACCCUUUU